AUGAAACAUAUUGAAUCAAAACAUAGCAAACUGGCGACGUACACGCAGAGACCGCAGCCGCCACCGUCUCCGACGCCGCCGUCGGUCGCGCGGCAGGCCGACCGCACGUCUUCCGCCCCCGGAAAUGGUACCGACCAGCUGUACCCGUUUUUUGAUUACUACGUGCCUCGGAACAUCACGACCACGAUCGGACAGAGCGCGUUUCUCCACUGCCGGGCGGAAAACUUGAACGACAAAUCGGUAUCGUGGAUGCGGAAGAGAGACUUGCACAUACUGACGGCAGGAGUGCUGACUUACACCAGUGACCAGAGAUUCCAAGUCAUCCACCCGGAUAACUCGGACAAUUGGACCCUACUGAUUAAAUUUGCUCAACCGAGAGACGCCGGAAUCUAUGAAUGCCAAGUGAAUACCGAACCCAAAAUGAGUUUGGCAUUCCAGCUCAACGUCGUGGAGAUGAGGGCCAGGAUUUGCGGACCGCCGGAGCUGUACAUCAAAGAGGACAGCGAGGUGAGCAUGCGGUGUGAGCUGAGUCAGGGCCCACACGACCUGGGUACCAUAUUCUGGUACUUGGGCAACGUUCCCGUGUACACGGACCAGGCAAGCCUGCAGUCAAUCCGGCAGCCACGGGUCAGCGUUCACACCGAAUGGGUGGACGGACUCAAGAGCACGCUACAUAUAGCCCGGGCCAAGCUUGCAGACUCCGGGAACUACACGUGCAUGCCCACGUUUGGACAAUCAGCUACCAUCAACGUGCACGUGGUCAACGGCGAACACCCUGCAGCAAUGCAGCACGGCAACCGGAGUGCGGUCAGCGGCCAGAUGACCGUCCACGUGCUAGCCCUGUUCAGCCUGGUCAUAAUGCUGUCCAAUCCGGUGCUGUUCGGACACUGAGGAAAGCAAACCGAGGAUGGCGAGGAUGCGAUGGCGGCGCCGCCGUCUCGUCCUGACCUCUCCUUCGACCCCCAAGCAUCCACAUACCCCCGCCCUCGCCGCCCUCCAGGCACGGUACGCCGCGAAAUCUUAUUUUUAUUCGUCAGCCCCGGGACGAGUAGGAAGACGACCGGCCAAACAGACGCGGACGGUGUUUCUCUUCUCUUAUACAUAUUAUACUACAUACAUAAUAUAAUGCAUAAUAUUAUAUAUAUUAUAUAACACUAUAAAAUAUAUAAACAUUUCA